CUGCACUGCGACACGGUAUUACUAAUUAUAUUCCAGGUGAUAAUAUUCUCGAACAUUUGACGUUUGAACUUCCAACUUGGCUUGAAAAAAUUACAAAAAAAGACAUUAAUAAUGAUAAAUACAGAAAAAAUCAAUCAUGCUGAAAAAGAACAACUUUUUAAUGAUGUUGACCAAACAAUAGACGUCAACGACUUCCUGGAUGAUUAUUCAUUAGCAGAAAUAUUUAUGCUGUUGCCAAUACCUGAUAGAAUGGCCAUGGAAGAAGUUUGUCCAAAAUGGAAAGAAGCCUGUAAACUUGCUUGGUUAAACAUUAAAAAAUACAAAUGUGGCCAUACAAUUGGUCAUGCUUAUAAUGACAAGUUGCUGACACAAUCAUACGUCGAAAAAUUAUUAUUACGGUGUGGUAUUUAUUUGAAUGAAUUGUCUCUUUCAAAAAUUUGCACCUCGACUAUCAUGCCAAUAGUUGCUGAAAACUGUAAGAAUUUAACAAGACUUGAGUUUGCAUUCAACCAGAGAUCAAAAGUCAAUACUGAUGACUACAUUCAAGCUUUCAAGAAAUUAGAUAAAUUGAAAUACAUCAGAAUAGAAGCAACUUUUGAAAAACAUGAGACCACGAACUUAAAUUAUAAAAUAUUUGAUUGUCUUCCAGAAGAAAUGAAUGAAAUUCAUUUAAUUCAUCCAAGAUUCAUGUCCAGGACACCUGUACUUUUCAAUUUAAAAAGGUAUAAAAAUCUUCACAGCUUGACAUUAAAUGGCUGUACUUUAGAUAAUAUUAUAGAACAAAUAUCUGAACAAAUACCACUUGUUUAUCUUGAUCUUGAAAAAUCUUCGGUGACCAAUAAUUGCAUGUUUAAAGAAACUUAUAUAUUUAAUCAGCUUGUAAAUUUGGAAUAUUUUUAUUGUUUUGAUGAUUGGGACGUUAUUACUCGCAGUUCACCAAAUACUCUUUUCAAUACAUGCAAAAAUAUUAAAUAUUUCAACGGGUUAACUGAUGGCUCAUGUGGAAUUUUACCUGAAAACUUGGUAAAUCUUAAAAACUUGGAAAAUUUUACUAUAAGCUGGAAACUUACUGAUGAUUUAUCAUCACGCGAAAUUGUGAAACAUUGCAAGAAUUUGAAAUACCUACAUAUGAAAAAAGAAGCCACCAAGUUUUUUCUGCAGAAAUUGGAAAAAUUUAAAAAUCUUGAAUGUUUGGUAUAUCCGUUAUGUAACAUCGAUAUUGACUCAAUAAAUGCAAUUGUCAACAAUUGUAAACAACUCAAACGUCUGAGUACGUGCACUGGUAGUUUUCCAUAUUGUUUUGAAAAUGAUGUCUAUGAUGAUUAUGAUUAUGAUGAUUAUGAAGAUUACAACGAGGAUGAUGAUGAUGAUAAUGGUUGUGAUGAUGAUAAUUAUAAUUAUAGUUAUGAUUAUGAUGGUGGGGAUUAUGAUAAUGAUAGUAAUGAUAAUACUGAUUAUAGUGAUGAUGAUGGUAAUGAUAAUACCGAUUAUAGUAAUGAUAUUACUCAUAAUCGAGUUCCUUCUACAAGUAUUUUGGAUGAGUUAUCAAAAUUGGAACAUCUUGAAUAUUUGAAUAUGCGAUUUGAGUUGACGCUUCAAGACAGUAGUCUUAUUGCUAUUGCCAAUAAAUGUAAAAAUCUUGAGUAUCUGAAUAUAGAAUGCACACUUAUUACUCUAGCAGGUCUCAAUGCCAUAACCAAAAUAACAUCAUUACGAAGAUUGAAUGUGAGCAAUAACAAAUGUGUUACAAACAGUUUUCUCAGAAAAUUAAAAGGAUUAAAUUCUUUGAAUUGUAACAGAUGUAAAAAAAUUACUGAUGUUGGUAUUAUUCAAUUUAUAAAAAAUUGUCCAGAACUUAAAUAUCUUUCUCUCAGAUCCACUCGUAUGACAAUUAAUACCAUUAUUGCUGCCGACCGAGCUACCAAAUAUCGUGAAAACAAUAUUGUUUUGCAUUUACAUGGAUGUCGUGAAGAGCUUCAAACAGCUUGUAGAUCAAUAAUUAAAUCUAAACGGUUGGCAAUAUAUUAUUCAUAAGAAACUAUAUGCGUAUAAUUACUAUAUAUUUAAUGUAUAUUUAUUCAUAAAAUUUCAAUGUCGCUAUUGUAAAAUAAUUUUUAAAGUAAAAUUAUUUACUAUUUGAGAUUAAAUCAAAAUAAAUACACAAU